GAGCUUUAAAAAAAAAAAUCACCAAUUUUCCUCAAUUUAUUCCCCAUUUUUCAAAAAAAAAAAAAAAUGAUGAAGGCGAAGGAUUUCUAGGGUUUCGAUCGAGGAUUGGUUGAAGAGUGGAACCCUAGUUCCGAUUUCUGGGUUUGUUCAUCGGUUUGGAGGAGAUGUGGGGAGACGGGGGACGGGUUUUUUGGGAGAGAAGGGCGGGAGGGGCGGAGGAGGGUGUUGUGGUGAUGUUCUUGUGGCCAUCGAGUGAUGAGAAGGAUCUGAAUCCCUUCUUGGAUCUCUACUCGUCGGUUGGGUGGAGCUCUCUCGUCUGCCAGUCGGAUUUUUUCACUCUAUUUUUCCCGGAGAAAGCUGCAAAACUAGCAUCUACUGUUCUUGAUGAGCUUAUAAAGGAAGUGAAGAUCAAACCACGGCCUAUUACAUUUGCGGCUUUUUCUGGAGGUUCUAAGAGUUGCUUGUACAAGGUUCAUCAGUUGGUUGAAGGGAAGAGCGAAGGGCAACUUAAGGAUGACUAUCAACUGUUAAGAGAUUGCAUCUGUGGGCAAAUAUAUGAUUCUGGUCCUGUAGACUUCACUAGUGAUCUGGGCAGUCAUUUUCUCCAUCCAAAAGUGUCUCAGGCAUCUAGAAUUGUUUCAUGGAUAGCAAAAGCCCUUGUUUCUGGAAUGGACACUCUCUUCAUGAACAGGUUUGAAGCUCAGCGUGUUGAGUAUUGGAAAACUCUGUAUUCAUCAGUUGGCAUAGGCCCAAUUCUCAUCCUAUUUUCUGAAGAUGAUGAACUUGCUCCCUUUCAAGUUGUUUAUGACUUUGCUCAACAUCUACUAGAGCUUGGUGGUGAUGUUAGACUAGUGAAGUGGAAAAGUUCCCCUCAUGUAGGACACUACAAACACCACACUGAUGAGUACAAGUAUGCUGUAUUCAAGUUGCUUAAUGAUGCAACCAUGAUUUUUUCCCAAAGAAGGCAUCAACUGAAUGGGGAAACUCUUGGUACAAGGAUUUUCGGCAACAACAUGUCCGAUCUCGGAACAGAAGCAAUGGGCUCAAAUGAAACAUUAAGACAGGUAGCAGUUAGUCCAAGUGAUCAUCUCUCGUUGUCUGGCUUGAUGGGAUUUGAUGAUACUGAAAUGCCGGAUCAAACACAUCACCGCCAGAAGUCAGAUUCCCCUCGCAGGCAGAACUCGCCUGGUGCUUCCCCAAACGGAGUGCUUGGCCAAAUCCUCUUUGAAGCUUGCAUCCCCAAGAACAUUGAAGGUUGGGACAUAAAGCCAGGCAUGUCCUUGAACAAGAGGCAAACGUUCCCGUCAUCUCGCCGGUACAAUCCUUUCAAUCCUAUCAAAUGCAUUAGGCGAUCCCGGUUGUAGAUUCCUAACUUAAAAAGCUAUAUAGAAUACUAAAAUGCAUAGUGACAGUUCUCGGAGGCCUUUGAUGGAUGUAAAUAUUUUUUUCUCUGAUCAUAUAUGAUGUCGAUACCCUUUUAGUGGGCAAUAAGGAUGACCAAAUAUACUAGUCUUUUAGCCUUUUUUACCUCUGUUUCAUCAUCUUCAGUAUGUAUAGAAAUCAAUGUUCACUGUUCUCGUAAUAACAAGAAUCUACUUAGCUCUA